UCUCCUCCACAUUCAGCUCCAACAAACCUUUAGUUUGACAGAAAGGCUGGAUCUGGUUUAGAGGUUGGGUUUUAGGGCGAGGCAACAUUUAUUAGAAUGGCAUUUAGAGGAGAAUUCAUUCAUCUCUGACACACGGGAAACUUCUUCACUUCUGCUGAAUAUUCUAGCUUGUGAAAAUGGAGCCUUUGCCUGCAGCAAACACACAGUUCUCUCUAAACCUGUUUAAGAAGAUCAAUGAAAAAGACGCAUCAAAAAAUGUGUUCUACUCUCCUCUCAGCAUCUCCUCGGCUCUAGCCAUGGUGUCACUAGGAGCAAAAGGAAACACAGCAGCUCAGAUGUUUAAGGUCCUGUGUUUUACCAAUCCUCCCAAACCUGCUGAUGCUGCGACUUCAGGAUCUCAUCAACAACCCCAGAAACCCCAGAUAACGUGUGGCGUCAAGGGUCAGCAUGGACCAUCAAUGAUGCAACAAACCCAGAAAUUUGAGUUACCUCCUGAACUCAAGAAACAGGCUCAGUCGGCACCUGGACAAAAGACUGAGGAGCAAAUUCAUUCCGGCUUCAACAAGCUCAUGAGUGAACUGAACAAACCAGGAGUCCCGUAUGCGCUGAGUCUUGCCAACGGCCUCUACGUAGACCAAUCCUACCAGUUUGUUGAUAAAUUCCUUAAUGAUGCAAAAAGAUACUAUGAAGCCGGACUGGAGAAGGUGGACUUCAUAAAGAAAUCAGACGCUUCACGUGUCGACAUCAACAAAUGGGUGGAGAAAAAAACACAAGGAAAGAUCAAGGACUUGCUUCCACAUGGAUCCAUCGAUGCAAUGACGAGACUGGUCUUGGUGAACGCCAUCUACUUCAAGGGGAACUGGGAGAGGAAAUUCCCAAAGGAAGCCACCGUAGAUGGGCAGUUUAAGUUGAACAAGAAUCAAACUAAACCAGUGAAGAUGAUGAAUCAAAAGGCAGAGUUUCCUCUGGCCUUCAUCCCACAGAUGAACUGUCAGGUUCUGGAGCUGCCGUAUGUCGGAAAGAAUCUCAGUAUGUUGAUCAUCCUUCCUAAUGAGAUUCAUGAUGAAACCACUGGCCUUCAGAAGCUUGAAAAGGCACUGACCUAUGAGAAACUCAUGGAGUGGACCAAACGCGAAGUCAUGUAUAAACAAGAAGUUCAAGUAUCUCUGCCCAAAUUCAAGAUGGAGCAAACCUAUGACAUGAAGAGUCUUCUGAUCAGCAUGGGAAUGGAGGAUGCUUUCGACCUGCAGAAGGUGAAUCUUUCAGGCAUGUCGCCCAACAACAACCUGGUGGUGUCGAAAGUGAUUCAUAAAGCCUUCGUUGAAGUAAACGAGGAAGGAACCGAAGCGGCUGCGGCCACCGCCGCCGUUGUGAUGAGCCGGUGUCUGAGGAUCCCGCAGGUGUUUAAUGCAGAUCAUCCGUUCCUCUUCUUCAUUCGACACAAUCCAACCAAGAGCAUUCUGUUUUACGGACGCUUCUGCUCUCCAUGAGCAAGUCAUGUUGUAUGAGACCCUUCCAGCUCAGGACAACUACUUUACUGCUUUACUGAAAUAAUCGCCCCAAACCUUGUAUGACUUACAUUCAUAGUACAGACAACAUUUUCAUGCACAUGAUAAAAGAUAUCAUUCCUCACGUGUUUAUAAUUGAAGAUAUUAAA